UGUCCAUCCGUUAGAUAACUAGAGCCCAAACAAUGUCUGCUCCUGUAUGCUUUUCUAGACCCUAGAAAAAUUAUCUAGGUGGACUGGUCAGUGAAGGCAUCUAUUUGUUGUGUAGCCAGAGGAGUGGAGAGGUAGUGUGACAGAAGAUGGCCUUAUUUAACCUCUGUCACUCUGCUUUCAAAAGACUAUAACUGUAGAAAGAUUUAGAAAAAGACCCUGAAAUUUAUAGGCACGAGCUGUCCCAUGAAGGAGGAUGUCAGUUUUGAGAGAAGGAAAAUAUGAAGUAAGGCACACUUGCUUAGAUGCAGGCAUGUGACAGACCCUCUGAUAUCUUAUUUAUAAGAAAAGUGAUCCACCCACUCUGAAAUCAAGAACUGCCAAACCUAAUAGUUUGAAUGUCAUAUGCCUAACCAGUAAGGGGCAAGUUUGUUCCUAGUGUACUCAUAUCCGAAAAAUUGUUAUGAGAAACCAAAGGCACUGGAUUCAUGAGCUGGUGUAGACAAUGAGAAAUAUCCUUUGGUACCUUAAUUUAAAUUCUUGAAUUCUAACUUCAAUAGUCCUAUCUUUUUCAAGUCACUUUGCUUUUCCUGAAGAAUCUAGUUUUCUCCUGUGUAGGAAGAUAGAUAAUGUUAAGUUGUGCCCUGUUGACACAUGGGACGUGCUUAGUACAACUUUUUGUAUUUUAGCCAACAUGCAGAACUGGUCUUGGCAGCAAACAGAUGGAGUGUGAAGUGUUAGUUAUGUUGAUGUAGUGACUUGCAGCGCUGUAGACAAGUUUCUGUGUUCUGAGUUCGCUGAAGUUCCCAAAUGCUUUCCGAGGGCAGCCCAAGCAGUGCAUUGCCGUAAUGAAUCCUUGUGGUUUUGGAGGUGUGGACUGCCCCAGAGAGCUGCAUCACGAAUAAUUGUAGCUUCCAGGCCAGCCAUAGGUUAGAGGGAGGAAAACACUGGGUGCUUCUGCAAGCUAAGGACACCAGCAAAUACAGUUAGUGGGCUGGCUGCCGAACCUGUGUGUUGUGAGCAGUGUACUGCUGCUAUACGUACACUGCAAACCUCUUUCCAUCUGCCUGUUAGCACACCUGCUGUGUAACAACGUACAUCCUGCCCGGAAAGCAGGCAGUGUGGUUCUGGGCUUUGACCAAGGCCGGUCAUUCACAUCAUUGUGGUUUUUUGACAGGCUGAGUGUUUUGUUUUCUGUCACAAAACUUAGCAGCAAUGUGUUGAAAAUGUGAAGUUUACUCAGAAGAGGCACUAGGCUGGAGCUACCUGAUCGUGGGAAUGGCAGCUUCCUGUAGUCUGGUCACCAACAAAAGUUGGAUCCCAUGUAUUAAAGGAUACAGACAGCAAGCUACACAAAGCUGAAAAUGAAACCUUUGUACAAGAAAUGAAACAAGAUGAUUCAAAAGAGAUUAUUGACAGUAUUAUAGAAGAAAGCCAGAAGGCACAACAACUGGAUGAUGAUUCUUUAGCCCAUAGAGGAAAAGAGCUGACUGUUCCAACUGCAGAUGCAAAUGAUUGGAUUUCUGGAGCAGGUAUCAUUAGUAGUGUUCCAGAAGUAUUAGCUGCUAAAAUAUCUUUACAAGAAGAUCCUAGAGAACCGGCGUAUCAGAAUGUGUGUAAGGACACUGAAUUGGAGUCAGGGAAGCUUUUGUUGACUUCUGAGCAACAGGAAACUCAUAAACUAACAAAAGUAACAAAUGCAACUGACCAUAAAAUGGAUGAAACUGAAGCACAAGAAGAAAUGUCAAAAAAUGAGGACAUAACAGACAAGAAAGAGGCAAAUGCUUUAGAAGAAGUGGCUUCAGAUUUAUCUACCAAAGACCUUUCUACAGCAGAAGAAAUGCCUCCAGCAAAACCACCAAGGCAGCUUACUGUAGAACCUGAUAUAGUUGCUAGCACAAAGAAGCCUGUUCCAGCACGGCCACCACCUCCAACGAAUGUUCCUCCUCCAAGACCACCACCACCUGCACGACCAGCUCCACCACCCCGGAAGAAGAAGAGUGAACUGGAUUUUGAAGUGCAAAAACCUGUUUUAGAAGUUUCUCGAGAGAACUUCACAGGUGGUGGUCUUCUAACUCCAAGUACAGUGACAGAAGGCAUGCCCAAAGAUUCUCAGCCUUCUUUGGAUUUGGCAAGUGCAACUAGCGGAGAUAAAAUAGUCACUGCACAGGAAAAUGGGAAAGCAGCUGAUGGCCAAACAACAAAUGAAGUACUUGGACCACAAAGACCCAGGUCUAAUUCUGGAAGAGAGCUCACGGAUGAGGAAAUUCUAGCAAGUGUAAUGAUAAAAAACCUUGAUACAGGUGAAGAAAUACCCCUGAGUUUGGCAGAAGAAAAGUUGCCAACAGGCAUUAAUCCCCUGACUUUGCAUAUCAUGAGGAGAACUAAAGAAUAUGUCAGUAAUGAUGCAGCACAGUCUGAUGAUGAAGACAAAAUGCAGACACAGCAAACCGAUUCUGAUGGAGGGAGGCUAAAACAAAAAACGACCCAGCUGAAGAAGUUCCUCGGCAAAUCUGUAAAACGAGCAAAGCACCUUGCUGAAGAAUAUGGCGAACGUGCUGUAAAUAAAGUUAAGAGUGUUCGAGAUGAAGUCUUCCAUACAGAUCAAGAUGAUCCCUCUUCCAGUGAUGAUGAAGGGAUGCCAUAUACAAGACCAGUUAAGUUCAAAGCAGCACAUGGCUUCAAGGGACCUUACGAUUUUGAACAAAUUAAAGUUGUUCAGGAUCUCAGUGGAGAGCAUAUGGGUGCUGUUUGGACAAUGAAAUUCUCUCACUGUGGUAGAUUACUUGCAUCUGCAGGACAGGACAACGUAGUAAGAAUAUGGGUUUUAAAGAACGCUUUUGACUAUUUCAAUAACAUGCGAAUGAAAUACAACACAGAAGGCCGUGUCUCUCCUUCCCCAUCUCAAGAGAGUCUGAAUUCUUCGAAGUCCGAUACAGAUGCAGGGAUUUGCAGUGGAGUUGAUGAAGACCCAGAUGAUAAAAAUGCCCCUUUUCGUCAACGACCAUUUUGCAAAUACAAAGGACAUACAGCAGAUCUUCUUGAUCUUUCCUGGUCUAAAAAUUACUUCUUGCUUUCUUCUUCUAUGGACAAGACUGUCAGAUUAUGGCACAUAUCAAGAAGAGAAUGUCUUUGCUGUUUCCAGCAUAUAGACUUUGUCACUGCCAUAGCAUUCCAUCCACGGGAUGACAGGUACUUCUUAAGUGGUUCAUUGGAUGGGAAACUCCGACUCUGGAACAUUCCUGACAAAAAAGUGGCGUUAUGGAAUGAAGUGGAUGGGCAGACAAAAUUGAUUACAGCUGCCAAUUUCUGUCAGAAUGGCAAAUACGCAGUCAUAGGCACAUAUGAUGGAAGAUGUAUCUUCUAUGACACAGAGCACUUGAAGUACCAUACGCAAAUACAUGUGCGUUCUACCAGAGGCAGAAAUAGAGUUGGAAGAAAAAUUACUGGCAUUGAACCCUUGCCUGGAGAAAAUAAGAUACUAGUGACAUCAAAUGAUUCCAGAAUCAGAUUGUAUGACCUAAGAGAUCUGUCUUUAUCUAUGAAAUACAAAGGUUACGUCAACAGCAGCAGCCAAAUCAAAGCCAGCUUUAGCCAUGACUUUACCUACAUUGUAAGUGGUUCAGAAGAUAAAUAUGUUUAUAUUUGGAGUACAUACCAUGACUUGAGCAAGUUUACAUCUGUAAGAAGAGACCGUAAUGAUUUCUGGGAAGGCAUUAAAGCGCACAAUGCAGUGGUCACUUCUGCGAUUUUUGCUCCCAAUCCUGGUUUGAUGGUGUCACUGGAAACUUCUGAAAAGCAAGAAGCUGAAAGUAAGGGAGAAGAUUCUGAAACAUCAGAUACCAUACCCUCUGGAGCUUUGAAGACAGAUCACACAGAAGUGCUUUUAUCGGCUGACUUUACUGGAGCAAUCAAAGUCUUCAUUAACAAAAAGAAAUAUGUAUCCUAGUUGUUUUGCAACUGACAGCAUAGAGCUAUGGUACUGUGGGAUUAAAAAUCCAUAAAUAAUGCGGGCAAAAGCAAAGUAUCUAAUAUAAUAAUGUUACAGGCUGAUUUAUUUUUAAAUGUUUAUUUUAAGGCUACUCAAAUAUUGGAUCCUCGGAAAGCAGUGUCUACCUAUUAACACCUGGGCUUGUAGAAUAGAAAGGAAUGUGUAAGAAUAAUCCUGCCAAACAUUAGACUCUAAACUUUCUGCAAACAGUUGUUUUGCAACGUAAUUGUUAACCUGCACAGGUUUCUGCACGAAAAUGUGUUCACACAUGUGUGUGCCUUUUGGUUACAUGCACUAAUUUGAAUAUAUAUCAAAAGGAUUUUAGUGGUGCUUGUGGCCACUAGAUGUCAGGAAUGGGGAUGGGAAGGGAAAGUUGGAGAUACAGCUGGAAAAAUGCUGAAUUAUAAGUCUGAUCUUUGCACAAAAUUCCAUUUGAGACAGAUCUUGAAUUUAUAGUAGCUAUUGUUCAGAAUUUUAAGUUAUGCAAGUUUUUGAUGGGUCAGCAACCAUGUGUAAAUGUUUUUAUAAAUUUCUCAACUUCAGGACGUGAAAACUUUUUUGUUGUCUUUUAAUUGUUGUGGACUUUAGAUUCCUUAUAUAUAAUUUUUUGCACACUGGAGCACAAUAUUUGUGUAAAGAAUUCUCUCAUUCCUUGUUCACGGGCACCAGGAUAUAUUCACCUUCCAGAUAAAAUUAAGCUGCAUUAGAAAGUUCUUAUAUUUUACAACUAUGUAAAAUAAACUGUUUACAUUUUUUAAGCAUUGUAGCUUAAAGUUUUAAGUUCUUGUUGGUUUAGUGCCACUGAAUUUUGAAAGUCUUUGUAAAUAUUCAUAUAAAACACCUAUGAAGUAACAUUCUGGGCAUCAUAACCCAUGAAAUGUUAUUGAUGGUCAAGUGUUUCAGAGAACAGUUGUAUCAUUAAACUUGGUCACACACUUGGAAA